UUUCAGCAUAACUAGAGUAAAAACGUCGUGGCAAGAAUUUUUGAUUCAUCUCUUAAUUAUCUCUUCAAGUCCCUUGCCUGGAAAAAAACCAAACCAAAAGCAACCAACCAAAUCCAAUUAUCAAUUUAGUACACGGGAAUCUGUUGACACUGCUUCGUAGUACUGCUUCUUUUAGUCAGAACUGGGGAACAAGAUUUGUCUGAUUGUGUGUUAGAUGGAAACCUUGAUCGGUGGCUGAAGGCUACUUGAAAUGUAAAGUGAUAAUAUGAGGGAAAAAAAGUCCCCCAAAACUUGGAUCGAAGAGGUCUUCAGUAAAAGAGAAUGCGCACACAUCAUUCCCAGCUCAAAAGAUCCACACAGGUGUCCUGCAGGAUGCCAGGUGUGCCAGAAUUUAAUCAGAUGUUGCUGUGGACGGCUGAUUGGAGAACACCCAGGAGUACAGUACAGCUGGCCUGUUUAUCAGGCUGGUUCACAGAGGGAUGAUGGAGAAUGGUCUGUGCAAAACCACACAAAGAUGAGCCCAACGGAUGCAUUUGGUACAAUCAGUUUUCAAGACGGAGACCACACUUACCAUGCCAAGUAUAUUAGACUCUCUUAUGAUAGCAAUUCAGAUCAGCUGUUGCACCUGAUGGUUAAAGAAUGGCAGAUGGACUUGCCAAAGCUCGUGAUCUCUGUUCAUGGAGGCAUUCAAAAUUUCAAGCUUCCCUCAAAGGUCAAGAAGGUUUUCAGCAGAGGUUUGGUGAAGGCUGCUGAGGUUACAGGAGCAUGGAUAAUUACAGAAGGCAUCAACAGUGGAGUGUCCAGGCACGUCGGGGACGCACUGAAAGGCCGUAUCUCACCACACCUGAGAAAGAUCUGCGCUAUUGGGAUUCCUCCAUGGGGUGUCAUUGAGAACCAGAGGGAUCUCAUUGGAAAAGAUGUAGUUUGCCUGUACCAGACUCUUGGUAACCCACUCAGCAAGCUGAGUACGCUCAACAGCAUGCAUUCUUAUUUUCUAAUGGCAGAUGAUGGCACAGUAGGCAAGUAUGGUAGUGAGAUGAUGCUGAGGAGGAAUUUGGAGAAGUACAUAUCACUUCAAAAAAUACAUAUGAGAAUGAGCCAAGGUGUACCCAUAGUUGGACUGGUGAUGGAAGGAGGCCCCAGUGUGAUCCUAAUGGUGUGGGAGUACGUGAGGGCCACCCCAGCUGUCCCUGUCGUGGUCUAUGAGGGCACUGGCAGAGCUGCAGAUAUCCUGGCAUUUACCCACAAACACACAGGCGAUACAGGGUGA